UAUCAUUUACGUCGUCAGCCUAACGGUCGUUCGUUGCGUGUUUCGUGUAAAUGAAUUGGUGAACUUCGCGAAAAUAUCGUAAUUUUUACGUAUUUUUUCUCGUUUUCCGAUGGUGCAUUAUAUUAUAUUUUUCCACUUUCGUGUUGGUUGUAAAACAAUGUCGUCGGUAACGAUUAAUUAAAAGUUUAGUGCCUCUCGUAUAUGUCAUUACUGUCAACUUUCGGUCACAUUAAUUACCGGUAACGUCGUCCGUGCUACGCGUUAAUGUUUAAAUUAUUGCCGUAUAAUUUUCAGUGCGAAAAAAAAUGUGUUUUUAAACGAUUGUGCGAAGUCUUGAUUGAUUGCUAAUUUGGUUUUUGUUCUUUCUUCACACCCCGGAGUUGAUUUAUUAUAUCGGAUUUACCAUGAAUUCAUCACCCAUAUGGAUUACAAUACUUCUUAUCUUCUUUAAUGUUUGCACGGCGCAAAAUUCCAAAGAUGCCAGAGAAGGCGAAGACGUUACCUUAGAGUGUAGAUUUUCACCAGAAAUUACCAGCCCUGAUACUACCUUUUAUUGGCUGCGUACCAAUAAGAAAAGUCAAGAUAAUGCAGCCAUUAAGCAUACGCCAUUGGAUCCAGGAUAUAAGUUGGACUUUCGACCGGAGCUGGGUCGUUACGAUUUACUCAUUUCGAAUGCAAGCUACGAACGAGAUAAUGGAAAAUUCGAGUGCCGUUUGAAAGCUCCAGGGAGUGGACGAGAUCUUCAUUCGCAGUCGUUCUUAGUGACCGUGCUCACGCAACCCGGACCUCCGAGGAUAUCACCCAGUCCUAAUCCUACGGCCACCGAGGGAAAACCCUUCGAAUUGACGUGUUCAAGUUCAGGAGGCAGCCCAGAACCUGUGAUCAGAUGGUUCCGAGAAGGUCAACAAGAAAUCUCAGAAUCUGUAACCCGAAGUACGAGUCGAGACGUUACAUCGGCCGUGUUGAAUUUGAAACCAUCUCGAACGGAUGACGGCGCUAUUUACAGAUGCGUCGUAUGGAACCGAGCUAUGCCGGAAGGAGUGAAACACGAAACCAAAGUCGCUCUAGCUGUUAAUUAUUACCCGCGAGUCCAAGUCGGUCCAGAAAACCCGCUCAGAGUCGAGAAAGAAGGCUCGGUCAAACUAGAAUGCAGCGUAGACGCGAAACCGCGAGUUAGCAGCGUAAAAUGGAUGCGAGAUGGCCGAUUUUUCGCCACCAGUUUCACCCACACCAUUAACCGAGUCACCCUGCAGGAUGCCGGCAAGUACACCUGUUUUGCCGAGAACGGUCUCGGCCAAUCGAGCGAAGCCGAACUCACCUUAGACGUCCAGUACCCUCCUCAAGUAACCAUCGAAGGCGUCCAAGGCACGACUCGUCAACGCGAAGUCGAAGAAGGCGAAACGGUCAGCGUUUAUUGUAAUGUUACCUCGAAUCCUCCCCCAAUCACUGUCGAGUGGCUCAGAGAAGGCAAACCGGACUUCAGGCAGCAAGGAGAAGUACUGAAGAUACACAGAAUUACCGCAGAUUCGGCCGGAACUUAUACUUGUCGAGCUGUCAACGUGCUGAGUCCUACGUCUCCGUCGUUAUCUAAACAACGAGCUAAUCGUAUCGGAAACGCUUCGGUUACCUUAUUGGUUCGUCAUAGACCUGGUCAAGGAAGAAUCAGCCCCGAGAAACCGAUCGCCAUGGAAGGUGCUGGAGUUACGCUUACGUGUACUAUGUCACCUCCUGGAUGGCCAAUGCCGCAGUACAGAUGGUGGAGAGAGGGUGAACUGAGCUCGACGCCUAAUGCCAUCAUAAGCACGAAUAGCAGAUACACCAUUCAGUCUGUGCAUUUGGGACAUGAAGGCAGAUACUCUUGUCAGGCUACCAAUGAAAUUGGACAAAGUGAAAUCGCCUCUGUUUACUUGACCGUUUACCAAGCGCCCAAGUUCACCUCUAAGUUGCAACCGCAUGUCACCAAAAAAGACGGAGAUCAAGAAUUCAGCGUUACGUGUUCGGCAGAAGGCAAACCGAAGCCGACCAUUAGAUGGUUAAAAGGAGGCAGAGACGUUUCACAGAAAUUAUUCGAUAUCUUCAACGAUGAAUCUGAUACCCUAGCCAAUGGAGUGUACAUGGUGCAAAGUACGUUGAAAUUUUCCGGAAGAGAUCGUCCCAGCACUAAUCAACUCAUCCCAUCGGAUAGUGGAUUAUACUCGUGCAGUUUUGAAAAUGACGUGAAACGUGUCGAAAGCAUCAUGAACUUGAGAGUGGAACAUGGACCGAUUAUCCUGCAUAAGUACAAUAAAGUUGCCUACGAUUUACAAGAAACAGCCGAAGUCGUUUGUAAAGUACAGGCGUACCCUAGACCCGAAUUCCAGUGGAGCUUUAGCACGAACGUAGCCCCUUUGCUGGCCGGCAGCGACGGUCAUUACGAAAUCAACACGACCGUUAACGAAAGCGGAGGCGAUAUAUUCACCAGCGUUUUGCAGAUUUCCAAUAUUCGCGAAGCUGAUUACGGAGAUUAUCAUUGUCGGGUGGUCAACGCAGUUGGUCAAAUUAAAGCCACGAUACGCUUACAAUCGAAAGGAGCCCCCGAAAAACCAGAAUUUUUGACAGUAACUGGCAUAGGACAUAGUUUCGUUACCCUACAAUGGACUCCCGGAUUCGACGGAGGUGUCCAAAGUACCCGAUACACCAUUGCCUAUCGUCAAUCAUACCGAAGCUCUGAAAAUGACAUAGAUAGCGAUUGCUUUAUCCCGAGAAGAUCUGGCUCCAGCUCCAGCUCCAGCUCCAGCUCAGCUGACGACUGGAUGGAAUUCGAUUGCCAACGUAGCAAUCCUUGCAACGUUACUGGUCUCGAACAACAUCAAGCUUAUGCUUUCAAAGUAAAAGCGUACAAUAACAAAGGCCACAGUAAUUAUUCGGAAGAAACGACCGCCAAUACACGAGUCGACCGCAUUCCAGCUCCUCAACGUGUUACGUUUGACCCUGAAACUCACGUGUUAACGAUCAACAUAGCAGCCACAUGCUUACAACUCGUUGGCAAAGUAGAAACCAGAAUCAACCAUAUUCACGACGCAAGUUGGCAAAAAUUGGAAACUUUACCCCUUACUCCGUCCGGUAACGCUGCCACUCAACUCGAAGCCACCAUUUUAUCGUUGAUUGGCCGAAGAUCUACGAAUGGAAGAUCACUCGAUGAAAGCGACUUCGAAGCAUCCUCCGAUGAGCUUGUUGUUGAUAAGGCUGAUGAUUUGAGAGUUCGAGUCAGACUGUGUUUGAUGACUGAUCAAGAAAUAUGCGGAGAUUACACCGAAGCUGAAGUCGGUUCGUCGUACAUCAAAGAAGCGUCGACUUUUCCCACACCGACUAUGAUAGCGAUCGCUGUUUCUUGCGUGGUUUUCGUGCUGUUUAUUGGAUUAGUUUUCGUCUUCUGUCGAUGCAAACGCUCUCACGUGAAAAAGAGCAAAGCCAAAGAUUAUGAAAUGGAAUCAUCAACCGUACAUCCUAGCAUUGUGCAACAACCUCCACCUCCGUAUUACUCGACGCCUGGUUUAGAAAACAAAGCACUGGAACAUUCGAUGGAUUUGGUACUAGAUGAUCCUGCUAAGAAUGCUUUAUACGGUGGUCAUGCAUAUUCGCCGUAUGGUAGCAGAACGCAUCCUAAUGGUAAUGAAUGGGUUAAUAUGGGAUACAUGGAGAACAGUUAUUCGAAUUCGAACAACGGAGGUUCAGUCAAUUCACAAGAUUCGCUGUGGCAGAUGAAAAUGCAAUCGGCUGCUUCGAAUGCUAAUUCUGUUACGAACGAUCAUGCUCCUAGGAUCACCGAUCAAGUUAACCAUUAUGGCGGAUACGAUCCACUUACCCAUGGAGGCUACAGAACGAUGGAUGAUUACGUUCAUUACCCACAUUUAACAUCAGCAUCACCAGAUUACAGUAAUCACACAGUAUCACAACAAGAUUUCGCUUCAGUAAUCGAUAAGAGAAAUAGGAGAGACCCUAGACUAGAUUCACCAUAUCACGACGUUAAUGGCUUACCAAAUCCAUACAUGGAUCAUCAAUUAAUGGAAAGCGAAGAAAAUAUCAAACAGCAACCAGGCCAGCAUUUAUCCAUAUCAUUUGACGAAAGUUUAGAAUCGGGAUUCUCGACACCGAAUUCAAGAAAUCGUAGAAUUAUUAGAGAAAUAAUAGUAUAGAAGCGUUAUUCCCAUCUUUUCCCCCAGCCCCCUUUUAAUUUUUUUUUUUUUUGGACGCAAUUAUAUGUACCUAUUGACCCAUUUCAAUAUACAAAAUCGAUCUCACCGCUUUGAUUUAGUAAUCUCGUAAUAGAAUCUGUUCGUUUGUUGUUUUUUUUAAGUGUAACGUGUUUUUUUUCCCUUUUUUUUUGUCAACUUAUCUCUGAUCAGCUUUUUUUCUAAACUUUCAUUAUUUUAUAUUAUUGUAUCGACUCGUCGGAAGUUAUAAAUACUAAAAAAAAAAAAGUGCAAAUUCAGUAUUAUAUGUUUUUCUAUGUGUUUGUCGAACAUAGGUAUGCCCUAUAUUAUGUGUUUAUAUUGAAAUGUGAUUUCCCCCUUCUCUUUACCGCAACUUUCGUAGAUUGUAUGCAUUUUGAAUAUUAUUGUUAUUGAUCGUUGAGUUUUGUACUACUGCUAUUGCUUUUGUUACCAUUCAAACUUGUAAAUUAUUAUUUCAUAGAAUGGAGUAUUAUUGUGUAAGAAUUUUUUAUACGAUUUUUUUGUUCAUUUUUUUUCCUUUUUUGUAUUACUUGUGUUCCUAAUAAGAAAGAUAACGUUUGAAAACACGUACGUAUUUUCGACGUUAAAUCUUUUUUUUUUUAGGAAUUGCAUUUUAAAUCAUAUUUCGUUCGAUUUGAUUUGCGAAAUGAAAAUUGAACGAAAGCGAUUAUUUUUUAUAAUUCUUUUUUUUCCCUGUAAAAUUGUCCAUAUGAUAUUUUUUUAUGUUGUUGUUACUCUGUUUUUUUGUGUGAGGUUGUACUCUGCGAAAGAGAGAGAUAUAAUCGAGUGAAUCUUUAUCGAUCAAAUGUAUUAUGUAAAUGUGCCAUUUGUUCAUUUGUUGAUAUUUUUUAAAAUAUUAUUCUGUAUAUUGUAUCGUUUUUUCGACUGAUAAUUUUUUACUUUAUUCUUUUUUUAAAUUAUUCGUAUAUUCGUGUUUGUAAAUUAUUGUGUUUGUGAUUUUUUUCUUAUAUAUUUACGCUUUUCUGCUCAAAAAUUUGUGUAUUUUUUGUUUUUCUAAUCGGUAUAAGUAGAUACCUACACGGUUUAAGUAUACAAUUUUUUUUUUUAGUAUUACCUAAGUGAAGAUAUUAUACGAUGAAAUGAGCGAACGGUUUAAACGUACCUCUUUUUUUUCUCUUCUUAAACCGUCGAGCGGCGUAUCUCAUUUGUAUACUCGAUUUUUUUCCCCUUGAGGAUUAUCGAUUUUAAUUACUAUAUUUUUUAUAAUCGUGCAAUCGUUGUUAUAUUGUUGCUUCGUGUAUAUAUCGUGUUAGUAUUUUAAACGAUCAAAUUUUGCUAUUUUGUUAAACUCAUUUUUUCUUUCUGUAAUCAGUAUACCGAUAAUUGUAAAAUAAAAAAGAUUUAAUUGUA